AUGUUUUUUUUCAUUUCAGUCAGAGGAUCGGACGGAAUAUCUAUUGUUCAUGGCCCGCCAAAGUUUAGGCAACACGAGGACUUUGGAAGGUAAGCUACAACAACUCAACAGCUUACCUGCUGGUUACAGCAAGUAUUUUCUAUCCAAGAUAAUGCUCGGUUUGCAAUUUGACAGAUCUUUCAGAUUUUCUCAUCGUUAUACACAAAAUUCCAAACCGCCAUUGCAUUGGCGAACCAAAUGUACAGCUCUGGUCGAACUGUAAAAUUAAAUGCGAGUGUGGUGUUUCUCUUGAAUGAAAUUAAAUAGGCCUGGUGACUAAAUAUGGUCAUAACCUCGUUUUUCACUUGAAAGAGGAAAUCCACCAAAGGCUAUGUAAAAGGAAAAAUUGUCAGCUUUCAUCUUGCAAAAGUGUUUCUGCUUAUUUCCUUGAGAGGAAUAAAAAUUAAAAACUUCAUGCGUGACCUCCCGUUCUUGAGUACAGAAUUCAUAACCUCUUCUUGCGCUGAGUUGUAAGCAUUUCUCAUUUGUUUAUUUUAGUGACAACUCUCCUCGAUGCAGGGCAAUGACCUUUAGUCCUGAUGGGUCUCUCUUUACUUGGUGUAAUGGCCAAAGGUAAAGAUCGUUUUCUUGAGUAUUAUUUUCCUUUUGUCACAUGUUAAAACAAUUACCAUUGAAAGGGAUGUUGAAGGAGAUUAACAGAUACCACAGGAAAUUGUCUUUAAGUAAUCAUAGUUUGGUGUAAGUACCAUGUAAGUAGAAAUUAAAAUAAAUUGUAUUGCUUCUCACUUGCCUGGUACAAUUUUUUUUUGGAUUAAAAAGAAAGGAUUAAGUUUUUACCUGAGCCAAGAGGCCAGUCCAGCCAGAGCUUAUCUCAGUUUCCUCAGCAUUAAGUGACUAGGUGUAUCACUACUCCCCCUGGCCCCUGGAUGGGAUGUCAGUCUACUGCAAGGUUAGCCCCUCUCCCUCCCCCCAAUCCAGUAACAGCUUAUCUCCAUUUUCUUAGCAUUAAGUGACUAGGCUUAUCACUACUCCCCUGGGCCCCUGGAUGGGAUGCCACCAUUAGCCCUCCCCUCCUGCUCAAAAUUUCAUCAGGCCUCACUAACAUUUGUUGGUACCCAUUUCUACCCUAGGUACUAGUUGUUUAAAGAGCAGAUAACAUCUCCAAUGGAUAAAUAAAUAACUCAUGAAUUUUGAUUUAGUUUCAUUGGUAAUUUGUCUUUCAGCCAGUCUGUUUCUCAAUCUGAUUGUAUUUUAAUAGAUCUUUUUAUUUAUUUAUGAUACUUAAUUAUUAUUUUGCAGUGUAAUAGUUGUAGACACGUCCAAGUUCAGUUUAGUAUGCCGUAUUCCUAAAGAGAAAACUCAGUGUUUGGACUUCUCUCCUAAAGCCACUCACCUGUCAAUAUGGGAACAGUAUACAGGUUAGUUGCAGUGGCCAAACUUUUCCCUUUUCUUUACCUUGAUUCUUACUAUGUCUUCCAUUUGCCCCACCUGAUUUACCAUAAAUUAUUGAUGCUUCAAAGAUUUCUUGAACAUACAGAAUGCUAUCCUCUAGCCUUUGAACAUGGCCCUGAAUUGCUUUCAGGCACAAAGCUUAAGACUUGAAUUACACCCUGGUAGUAUAAAAUAGCAUUAUCAUGAUGGUGAUUUCCAAUCAGCCUAUUUUGAAAAGUUGGUCUUGUAUCAAGGUAACACCCAUUUGCCUAUGUCUCUUUUUUUUCAUUCCUUAAAGUAAUUUUUUUGGAAAAUGAUGCUUUGCAAGUCUCUUUUCUUUCAUUGGUAAGGUUAAAUUGUGGGCAUUGCCAAACUGAUUUUGUUAUUAUUUUCAUGCGAAAACAGCAAGUAAAGAUCAGUCUGCAGGAGUAAACAACCUUGAAAUCUGGAAUCUUCAGGCUGGAAGAUUAGUUGCUGGAUUUUCACAGAAGAAGAAGGACACUUGGUUAGUUUUACAGGAUUUGGUCUUUCUAGCUUUCUGGAGGUCUUUCUUUUAUUUUUCUUUUGCCAGUAACUUCACUGAUUUUCACAGUUUAUGUAGAUAAACAAAGUUUACAGAUAGGUUAUUGUAUGUUUCAAAUUAAUGUCUGGGUUCACUGGUAUAUAUAAGAAAAAUUCUGGCAGAAAUGCUUGUUCAUGUAUAUUAUUUAAUAACUAAUAUCUGAAGACUGAUUAAAGCCACACUUUGCUAAGCAUUGAUGAACCCUUUUCUUGGUAGAAUUGUUGGGACAAAAAGGCACAAGUGUUUGUUUAGAGGUUUCCAAAAAUUGAUGGGCCAAGUUUUUUAAAGAUAAUUUUGUCACAAAGGAAGGUUUCCAAGGAUAAUUGACUCUGUAAAUUAGUGUAAUAUAAAUUUUGCCAUGAGUAGUCUGCUUGAGUAUUCAUACUUCUCAAUGAAAGUUAAAGUGAAGCUUAGGCACCAAUCAUUGCUUCUUUACCAGGCAACCAAAGUGGAGUGAAGAUGAGUCAGUCUGUGCUCGAUCUGUUAACAAUGAGAUUCACUGCUUUCACGAAGCAGAUUUCAGUAUGUACACAUAAAUUCAGUACAAAAUCAGUUUUGGGGAACAACCUUAAAAACUGGUCAUAGAUAUAAAAUCUUUAGACUGAGUUGAGUUUUGAAAGUUUGAUCACCUGUGUGUUUUUAAAGAAUAUUUCAUCUUUGUCUCAUACUCAUCACAAAAUAACCAACACCUUACUUUAUUGGAUUACAUAACUCAAAUUUUUAUCAUCUUUCUUGUUCUAUGUAAUUUACAUAAGAUGCUUUCAGAAAUUUUCACCCUAGUAGUAUGCAGUAUACUUGUUAUAUAUCAAGCUAGUACAGAGCUCACCAGUGAGAUAUUUGAAGCUCAGUGGUAGAGCACUGACCUGCAAAAACUGGUGGAGGGACUCUAAUUUGUUUUACACCCCUCUUACUAUCUUUCCUUAUCUGACAACUAAGCUGUAUUGUUUGUUUAUCAUGUUUUGUAGCUUCAAUUGCAACCAAACUGAGGCUUCAAGGAAUCUCAGAUUUUGAGCUCUCUCCAGGUCCCCCUCCAUUUACUGUGGCAGCUUAUGUUCCUGGUUCAAAGGUGGGUGUGCUGUGUUUUGUCUCUGAAUUCUGCACAUUUUGAACUGUUAAAAAGUCGAAUUAAGGAAUUUUAGUUGCUGGGAAUUCUUCUGUGCAAAUAAAAAAAUAAAUUGCUGGUACAUAACUAAACAUCUGUUUUUAUCUCAUCAGGGUGCACCAUCGUAUGUGCGAUUAUUUAGACACCCAAAUUUUGACAAUCCUGCUUCUGUUCUGGCCAAUAAAAGCUUUUUCAAGGCAGAUAGAGUGAAAUUAAUGUGGAAUAAGAAAGGUUUGUGCUGUAUUUUAUGCAUUAAAUUAUAGGAUAAUGGAGGCUGGUUCAUUCAUUGUGAAUGAGCUUAAAAUAACUGUUUCCUAUUUUCUUUUUCCUUUUUUUUUCUGAUAAUUUCUAUGUUUUUUUUUUUUGGUGGGCAUUUCAUCAUGAUUAUCAAGUUAUUCAGUUUAUUGUAAAUAAGGCAAGCUGAGAAUAAACAGUUCACAUUUAUAACAGCAUUGCAUCUGAUUAUCUUCUUUUUUCUUAGGCUCUGCUGUGCUUGUUGUAACAACAACAGAUGUUGACACAACAGGUGCCUCAUAUUAUGGUGAACAAACACUGCAUUAUAUCAGUACUUCUGGAGAAAGCAGUAUGGUGCAGUUAGGUAAUUUAUUAAAUUAAUUUAUAUUUAUUUUACAGAGUGAGAGUGGUUGAAAGCGCUUUUGCCGAUUAUGUGUGAAUUUGUAUGCAGCAAGGAUGUCAAUGCAAUUUUAAAGAAUGGCAUUAAUAGAGCAUCCAUAUUGACAGUUGCUGCUAGCAUUUACCAAAAGACCUAUUGGACAAAUCAUUGGUAGUAAUCUCUUAAGGACUGUUAUAAUUUUACUAUACAAUUAUUGCAAUUACUUGUACUGUGUAGGAAUUGUUUAAACUUAUGCAUAUCAAUUGCUUUACUAAAUUAGCUAAAAGAGGACCAAUAUACUCAGUUCAAUGGAGUCCAAACUCAAAGGAAUUCUGUGUGGUGUAUGGCUGUAUCCUUUUCUUCAAGAGUUUCUUUACCACUGAGUGAAUUCUUCAGACUUCAGUGCAAUGGCAAACUUGAACAAACUAGCAACUGAACUACUAACUGCUACAAAGAAACCUCCUGGCCAACCAAGGCUUUGCAACAAUGAAAAGAGAGAAAUAAUUGAUGUUGACAUUAAAACUACCCAGGUUGAAGGCUGGGUAGGUUGGAGGUUAGGCAACUGCGAACAGCAACAGAAAAAGUUGUAGAUUACAACUAAUUAAGUGACUAGACCCCCCUGCACACUGGCACCCAGACUCCCAGAUAUAAAUAAGAAAAAUGUUCCUCUUCUUUUGUCCCUCAGUCAGUGGAAAUCAGUUUACACUUUUCACUUUUUAAAAUUCUUUACUUUAAUUUAUUACUUGUUACUUAAUGUAUCAAGAAUCAGAUGACAAAUUAUUUUGAUAUAUGACUUUAAUGCUUGUUUUGUUAUUGUUAUUGCUGUUGUUGUAGUUGUUUUUGAUAUAUCUUCCUUGACUUGAUGUUUUUUUAUUUUUACUUCUGAAUCAGUCAUGCCAGCCAAGGCAACAUUAUUUAACAUAAAAUGUGAAUCCUUGUUUGACUUUGGGACUGGACCACGUAAUGACAUCUUUUACAACCCUCAUGGAAAUAAUAUCCUUAAAAGAGACAUGCUCUCCAGAAUAUCUGGAAAAUCUAUAAUUUUAAAUUAAUAUUUCUAUUUGACAAUUUUUAACAUAACUACUAUAAGCCAUAAUUAUUGUUACUAAGUUAAUAAUUAUUGCAGCUGUUAUGUGGCUUUCCUGAGUCAUUACUUUGUCUUUCCUAAAUGUCAAAUUGAAACUGAGUCUAACAAUCAAUUUUGGACAAACAGAACAGUGUUACCACCUUAUGCAUUCAUUCUGAAUUUAAUUAAAGAUGUUGGAUGAUACCUUUUGUUGUUGGUCUUAACUUAUCAUACUUAUCUGCCUGGCUGGGUUUGGAAAUCUUAGAGGCCAGUUGGUAAGUUGAUCAUAUAGUCUUUGUAAAGUUAAUAGCAACUACAGAACUGGGGUAAAACCAGUGUCUAAGUUUUUAGAAAACAAUUUUUUAAAAUUUUAUUCUGAAUUUCUUGUCAGUUACAGAAUAAUAAAAAGUUAAGAAAAGAGGAAUUUCUUGGAUGAAUGUUUUUUUCUCUUUUUCUUUGCCAGGAAAUGUGGAGUAGAAAAGAUUUUAAGCUAAUUAGCAAACCUCAGGUAAUUUUGAUUUAGGAAAAGAAUUAUCAUUCAACUUUUCAUUGAUUUCUUUUUUUUUAUAUAUAUAGAAUUUUAAUCUGAGAUUGACAAUCUGUGUUUAUCCUUGUUUGCUCUGUUCUCACUACUCCUGGUGAUAAACAUGUAACCCAUAGUUACCUCCUUGGCAAUGUUAAUUUUACAGGCAAGUGACUCUACAUAUUUUGAAUGGUGUCCAGAUGGUGAACAUAUUUUGACUGCAACAACAUCUCCAAGGCUCAGAGAAGGAAAUGGGUAAGUUUGAAUUUAAGGGUUAACUGUUCCAAAACAGGAUCUCACUGAUACUGUUGUUGAGUUCAAACAAUUGAUUUUAUGUGCCCUUUAGCUAACAUUUUUGUGAUGUUGUUAUCUAACUUAGCCUAAAUUGUACUUUUUCACUUGUCUUCAACCACUGUUUAUUUUCAGGUACAAACUGUGGCAUUAUACAGGAAAGCUGUUAGAUGAAAGAAGAGUUAGUGAACUUUGGGAGGUAAAACAUCUUUCACUGUUAAUGUGCACCAUGAUUUAUGCAAUUUUUUUUUGAUCACUGAAUCCUUUUUUUUUUGGCUUAAUUUUUUGGAUCCUUUUGUCAAUUUUUUUUCUGGAACAACAGGUUAAGUCUCAACCUGUUCCAGAUGGAAAAACAGUUUAUUUAGGAGCCAAUGAAAAACUUAAAUGUGUCAUGCAGUUUUAUAAAACCUUCACAACACAAUUGAACAACAGAAAAACCCUCAAAGUGUUAACAUGUAACUUCUCUUAUAGCUUGAAUUAAUAUUGAGAAUAUUCAAACUUAUCAGGUUAAGUUGUUAUCUCAAUCUAACACCAAAUUCUCAUAACUUAUUUAUAAGAAAAUAUGUGGUGGAUAGAGGGGAGAAUUGACUAUCAGAUUGUAGGAGUGAGAGGGUUAAGUAUAUGUCUUACAUCCAGGUAUUUAUCUCUCCAGCUAAAGAUGUUUAUCGACCUCCUGGUCUCAGAGGAUUGGCACCUUCAGUAAAAGUGGUGAGACAAUUUGUUCUAGUCUGAAUAUCUUUGAAGAGAUCUCCAUGUUGUGAUUAUUCUAUCAUUAACCCUUUUAAACCCCGAGAGUGAUUAGCACCUAAUUUCUCCCUAUGGUAAUACAGCUGAAUCAUUCAUUAAGAUCAUGAGAAUAAAGGAAAUGAUCACCAACCAAAGAAGCUUUGAUUGCUAAACAAAUUCUCCUUGUCAGUACUAAAGGAAAUGUAUAAAGAAGAGUAUGAGAAUAUGGAUACUGAUGUUGAGGUGUAAAGGGUUGAUAAUAGUGUGGGAGACAUGGUGAUGUCAUGGUUAAUAUGGAGGACUCUGGAUCAAAAGCUUUAACCCCUAAGAAUGACUAACAUCUAAUUUCUCCUUACAAUAUCACCACUGAAUCACACACAAAAGUUCUGAGAAUAAUCAAAAUUAUCAACAACUACAGAAGCUCUGGAUCAUUAAGCUAAUUCUCCUUGUCUGCACCUUAAAAAAUGUAUAGAGAACAGUAUGGAGAAUAUACACACUGAUGUUUGGAAUAUAAGGGUCAAACUCUCUCAGUGCCUCUCUUCACACCAAGGAGUGUAGAUGGGUACUGGUAGGGUGGGGUGGGGGAAAGUAACCUGCAAUGGACCAUGGGAAUGGCAACAAUACUCUUAAUAUCUUCACAUUAUGGAAAGUGGGAUAUGUUCUAGCCUAUGGAGUGGGCUGUUAAGCUUGAGAGCAGGCCAUUUAUUUUGAAUUCUUAAUUUCAUUUUAGCAUGAGAAUGAACCUGCAGAAAAUAUGAAGCCAAAGGAAGGCCAGGAAAUCUCAAAAUCAGCAGCUAAAAAUAAGAAAAAAAGAGAGGCCAAAGCAAGAGCAAAGCAAGAACAGGAAGUUGCUACUCAGGAGGUAGUCUGUCCAACUUCAACAUUUCACAACUGUUAUAAACCCUGACCAGAUGAGCCCUGAAAAUCCCUUAAUCCUGAUCAGUUAUUAAUUCAAACCCCAAUUGAGGUGAUCAUUUUUCCAUUACUCUGUCACAUCAUGGAUAAAAAUGAAUUACACUGCUGAAAUGAAGUACAACCAAUGGACGAGACAUCUUUGUGAAUCUCCAUCUGUACAUUUAUCGCAUAGAGUUGUUCAGUCAGGCAAUUAGCAAAUCUCUUAACCCUUCUCCUUGUCUAUCUAAGUGUACAUUUGCUAAUUUACAUGUCAUCUUUUUGGUUGGCUAAGAAGUAAGCCUCUCUGUUUGUCUGUCUGUCUGCUUCUCUACUUGUCUGUCCAUCUGCCUGUCUGUUUAUCUGUCUGCAUCUGUCAGCGUCUCUUUCUGUCAAUCUGUUUGUUGGUCUGUCUGCCUCUCUAUCUGUUUGUCUAUCUGCCUGUCUUUCUAUCUGCUUGUUUGUUUGUCUAACAGCCUCUUUCAGCCUUUCUGUCUGUCUGUCAGUCUGUCUGCUUCUCUCUCUGUCUGUCUUUCUGUCUAUCUGCUUGUCUGCCUAUCUGUUUGUCUGUCUGCUUCUCUGUCUGUCCACCUCCCUGUCUUUCUCUCCAUCUUCCUGUCCUUCCUUUGAUCCAUCUGUCCAUAUGCCUGCCAGUUUUUUAGUUUAAAGGGGUAAGUUUCUAAAGAAACUGUGGUGCUGCGUUGGUGGGAGAGUAUAGCAGGUAAUUUAGUGUUAACAACUGGGUUGAAAACAUAAAUUAGCUGCCGUAAAGGGUAAAAAAGCUGACGUUUCAAGCAUUAGCCCUUCGUCAGAGUUUGUUUUUAGUUUGGUUUAGUUUUUUAGUUUGGGUAGCAAGGCAUACAAUCAUCAUUGGGGGCACAACAUAUACAACUGUUCAACAACAUCAAGCUUGGAUAUUAAUGUUUCAGGCAGUGAGGUCAAAACUUCCUCCAUCAUCACCAGCAUCACCACCAGUAGCUGAUACAACUCUUCCACCAGAGAAAGAAAAGAAGCUAAGAAAUUUGAAAAAGGUAAAAUAUCACUUUAUCCCACAGCCAACACAACAAAACACAAAAUCACUAAAAUGUGUUCUGUGUUGUCAAUUAAUCAAAAAGAAUACCUUCAACAAAAAAAUUUGAACAAACACAUCACCAAAAAUGGGAAUCAAUCAAUCAAUCCUUGGAGAUUUCCAUAUGAGACACAAUAAUUUCAUAAUGGUCAUCAAUAUUGUCUACCUGUCUAAAUUUACCAACAAGUAGGUUACUCAUCUUAUUAGGAGGUCCAGGCUAUGACAGAAAGUAGUGAAGAAUACUCUCAUACAUCAGAAUCGAUUGAAUUGGUAUUAUUUUCUGUGGUUUCUAUAAUACGAUUAUUUACAAUGAAAAAAAAAAAGAAGUAAAAAAUUGCUGUCACUUCUGAAUAAGGUCUUUGACCAAUUUUUGGGAAUACAACCCUUAUAAUGAUUGCUGAAUCUUUUUAACUUCAUUUUCUGCUCAGAAAUUGCGUCAGAUUGAAGACCUGAAGGAGCAACAGAGAUCUGGAAAAACACUGGAAAAAAAUCAGGUCUGCUAUGGAUUAUGGGAUAGAUUAUUGAAUAAAAUAUUAUCAAAGUAAGCAGAGUAACUUGAAGUACUUGAAAAAUGGUUUUUAUGAAAGGGAUUCAGGUUUUAGCCCUUAUGGAUCUUCAUCCUCCCCAUGGACAACACUACAUUGGCUGAAAACGUCUCUGCAUUAUUGUAGUUAUUUUAUAAUUUUUCUUAAUAACAACUGACUGCAGUUUCCUUUGACUUCUUACAGCUUGAUAAGAUGGCAGCAGAGGCAUCACUCAUAAAGGAAAUCCAAGAAUUAGAGCUUAGAAGCUGA